AUGAUUUUGCCUUCAAAGAAAGACUUAUUCAUUUUCAAAAAACCUUUUCCUGGUCACUCAGUCCAGGCUGAUGCCAAGUCCAUGCACUCCAGGGGGAUGUUAGAUGGUACCAGACAGGAAGAAGUGGAAGGUGAACUCAGUGAAGAAGAGCGCUGGUUUGGAAAUUCUUCAGAAACUCCUUCAGAAGCGUCAUAUGGCGAAGUCCAGGAGAACUUUAAGUUGUCUCUUGAGGACAGGAUCCAAGAGCAGUCCACUUCCCCAGAUACUUCUUUGGGAAGUGCAACUCCUAGCAGUAACACAGUGGAGCUGGGAUCCAUUGAAAAUGAGGCACUAAGAGACACAUUACAGAGCAAAGAGCACCUUUCUCCUGAUGUGUCAUCUCUGUGUGAAGAAGAACCUCCUGGUCCAAAUAAGCCACUGAGUAGUAACCUGAGGCGGCUACUGGAGGCUGGCUCCCUCAAGCUGGAUGCUGCUGUUACAGUCAAUGGCAGAGUCGAGUCCCCCGUAAAUCUUGGCUCAAAUAUCUCCUUCUCUCCACCUGCUCAUCAUGCCCAGCAGCUAAGUGUUCUUGCCAGAAAGCUUGCUGAGAAACAGGAACAAAGUGACCAAUACAAUGCAGGUAGUCACUUUAUAUGGAAUCAAGGUAAGUGGUUGCCAAACUCAACCACCACCUGUGGUUUGUCCCCUGAUUCAGCUAUCCUGAAACUGAAAGCUGCAGCCAAUGCUGUUCUGCAGGACAAAUCUCUUUCAAGGACUGAAGACACUAUAAGAUUUGAAUCCUUUUCCUCACCUUUUAGUUCUCAGUCAGCCAGCUCCACGUUAGCAGCUUUAUCUAAGAAAGUGAGUGAAAGAAGCAUGACUCCUGGGCAGGAGCACCUGCCUCCGGCUAGUUCUUUCCUUUCUCUGGCUUCUAUGACCUCUUCAGCUGCCCUUCUCAAGGAGGUUGCUGCAAGGGCUGCAGGCAGCCUGUUGGCUGAGAAGAAGAAAUCACUGGUUGCAGAGGAACCCCUGCAGCUUUCAGAGAUGAAGCAAGAGAAAGCAACUCCACCACAGUCUUUGGAAUUAUUGUUACUGCCAGUCCCUAAGGGAAGAGCGUCCAAACCCACUAGUACAGCCUCAGAAGAAGAGGGAGGAAAACCUUUCCAGUGUCCGAUCUGUGGUUUGGUUAUAAAGAGGAAGAGUUACUGGAAACGGCACAUGGUGAUUCAUACAGGUUUGAAAAGUCAUCAGUGUCCACUCUGUCCAUUUCGCUGUGCACGCAAGGACAAUCUCAAAUCACACAUGAAGGUUCAUCAGCACCAAGACAGGGGUGAGACCUUUCAAUGUCAGCUAUGCCCUUUUACCUCCUCCCGCCACUUUAGCCUGAAACUCCACAUGCGUUGCCAUCAACAUUUCCUCAGGACAGAAUCCAAAGUGAAGGAGGAAAUACCAGAAACUGAGGUGAAGGGUUCACCACAGUUAAAUAGUGACUCCUGCCCGGGACCACAGAGGGAAGGAGGUGGACCUGACCUUACAGGAUCAGCAUCUGUAUCUAAAACACCUGAUGUGGCUGGGCAGCCUAGUGGAGGUAUUCCACCUUUACUAGUGAAAGAAGAGCCCAAAGAUGACAAUGGCAUCUCAGCUGCACCUUUUGCUCUUAGCACUGUUGACAGAGCCCCCAACAACACAAAGCUGAAAGACUCCUCUGACUUUGUGGCUAAUACAGCAUCAGCACUAUUCAGCCAAGACAUCUCGGUGAAGAUGGCAUCAGAUUUUCUUAUGAAGCUAUCAGCUGCAAAUCAAAAAGAGCCAUUGACUCCUAAAUUUAAAGUGAAAGAGGAGCCUAAGGAUGAAGAAACUGCAAGUUCAGCCUUGUCUCAGUCCAGCUAUGUGUUCAGCCAGGAACCCGAAGCCUCAGCUCCAAACAUCCCUGAGGAGAAACUCAAGCCACAGGAAGCACAGGCAAAUGUGAUGAGGCAGGACAUGUCAGUCAAGGCAGCAUCUGAGCUCCUUAUGAAGCUCUCAGCUGAAAGUUACAAAGAAACCCAGAUGGUAAAGAUAAAGGAAGAACCAAUGGAAGUUGACAUUCAUGAUUCGCAGGCUUCAGUGUCACCCAGCCAACCCAGCCAAAAUGUUGGCUACAGCACUUUAUUAGGGCGAGACAUUAGUGAACACAUACAGAAGGCACCAGAAGGUCGUGUGCUCCCAGAAAGAAAUCUAUUCAGCCAAGAUAUAUCAGUGAAGAUGGCAUCCGAGCUGCUCUUCCAGUUAUCAGAAAAGGUGAGCAAAGAGCACAACCACAAUAAAGAUAAUGCCAUCAGAACUACAGCCAGCCCUUUCUUUUCUGAAGACACAUUUAGACAAUCACCAUUCACUUCCAACUCGAAGGAUCUCCUGCCUAAUGAAACUGCCCUUCAUGGAAGGACAUCUGCACCAGAAACAGAAAAGCUGGGGCUGGAAGUGGGAAAUGGAUUACCAUCUUGGAAAUUUAAUGACCAGCUCUUUCCCUGUGACGUGUGUGGAAAAGUGUUUGGUCGACAGCAGACUCUGUCCCGGCAUCUCUCGCUGCACACAGAAGAGAGAAAAUACAAAUGCCACUUGUGCCCCUAUGCUGCUAAGUGCCGUGCUAAUCUGAACCAGCACCUGACCGUCCAUUCUGUGAAGCUGGUGAGUACAGACACGGAGGACAUUGUCAGCGCUGUCACUUCUGAAGGCAGCGAUGGAAAGAAGCACCCUUAUUACUACAGCUGUCAUGUGUGUGGGUUUGAGACGGAGAUGAAUGUCCAGUUUGUCAGUCAUAUGUCCCUCCACGUGGAUAAAGAGCAGUGGAUGUUCUCCAUUUGCUGCACAGCAUGCGACUUUGUCACUAUGGAAGAGGCAGAUAUGAAGGCUCAUGUCAGCAGCAAGCACACAGCUGAAGAGAGGAAGACACCCAGUGAAUCGAACAGUCCAUCUUCGUCUUCGCUGUCAGCACUGAGCGACUCUGCCAACAGCAAAGAGGAGGCAGAUAUAACCCCCAAAAACAAGGGUUCAAACAACCUGCUAGUCAUUUCUGUAGUGCCUGGUAGUCAGACCUCAGUGAACACUGAAGAGAAGUCAGAGAAAGGCUUUGAAUGUGUUUUCUGUAACUUCGUCUGCAAAACAAAAAAUAUGUUUGAGCGCCAUCUGCAAAUCCACCUGAUCACACGGAUGUUUGAGUGUGAUGUGUGCCACAAGUUCAUGAAGACACCUGAACAGUUACUGGAGCACAAGAAAUGCCACACUGUCCCCACCGGUGGGCUCAAGUGCCCAUUCUGCAUCUACUCCACUAACCGCCCCGCAGCAAUGGAGUGCCACCUGAAGACUCACUACAAGAUGGAGUACAAGUGUCGGAUCUGCCAGACAGUGAAAGCAAAUCAGCUGGAGCUGGAGAUGCACAUCCGAGAACACCGCCUUGGCAACCAUUACAAGUGCGACCAGUGUGGCUACCUGUCCAAGACCGCCAACAAGCUGAUUGAACACGUGCGUGUCCACACCGGUGAGCGCCCUUUUCACUGUGACCAGUGCAGCUACAGCUGCAAACGCAAAGACAAUCUCAACUUGCACAAGAAACUGAAGCAUGCUCCGCGCCAGACUUUCAGCUGCGACGAGUGCCUGUUCAAGACUACCCACCCUUUUGUCUUCAGCCGCCACGUGAAGAAGCACCAGAACGGGGACUGCUCCGAAGAGGAGAAGAAGGGCCAGUAUUCAACCUCCAAGGAAGCCAGUCCACUCCUACCAGUGCACAGCUCCAGAAACCUCCUGUCACCCCUCUCAGUUAUGUCUGCCUCCCAGGCUCUGCAAACAGUGGCUAUGUCAGCUGCGCAGGGCAGCGGGGCAGAGCCAAACUUGGCAGUGAAAGCCUUGGCCAUCAACGGCACUUCCCUGUGCUUUGAUAAAUACUGGAACUCGGAGUUUGCCCACCUUAUUCCUUUAACAAUGUUUUUCCCCAAAAACCACUAUGAUCUAACAUUCCAUCCACCCAGACCUCAGACUGCACCGGGAGGUGCCUCUUCACCUAAACACUCCUUCCUUGCCUACCUUGGACUAACAGAAAGGGCAGAAACUGUCUGAGGGCAGUUACAUUCUGUACCAAAAAUACCCCAACAAACCCAGCAGGUAUACAUUGCUGCAAAACGUAGACCGAAAAGGUAAUGAACACUUGUACUAUAUCGUUAGUAAGGUUUAGAAAAUGGCUCUGUGUGUAUACUUAUUGCAUUGACAUGAAAGCUGCUUUAUUAAAUCUUCAGGAGGUGACCUACUGCAUACUUCUACCUUCAGAGGCAUGUUCCCAGUACUCUUAUCUAAGAAACUAUUUUGUCUUGUUAAGCUGAAGAAGAGUGUCCUUAAUGGCAAUCAGCACUUGUAAGAUUACAUAUUGAUGCAUUUUAUUUUUGGGCUUUGUGUGCGUGCGGGUGCGUGAAGGAGAGUCUGCCUGUAGCGUGCCAUGACAUUGCUUUUGCACAUCCCUUGUAUUGGCUUAUUUAAUUACUAUUCUUUUCCCCUUUUCACACACUUGCUCCCUCCCUUCCCUCCAUCUCCCCCUGAACUGUAGAGUUGUGGAAGGAGUAACGCCUGGUUCAGGGUGGAUUGAUGUAUUAUUUCGGUGCUGUUUUGAUGCCUUGUACUCAGUUGUCAAGGUUUGAGGAUUUGGGGUAGAACUGAUGAGGAAAAAGUUGCUUUCAGCACUGCAGAAUGAGAGUGUGACAAUGACAAGCGUGUGUAUGUACACACACACACGCAUGCAUAUUCAGUGUGUGCAGUCUACACACCCACACAGCAGGCCCAAGUCUUAACUGUUACAGAGGUGUAACAAACACCCAUGUCCGGGCCAUAGCAUACAUCUUUUGUUUUAAAAGGGCAUAUAAA